AUGGCCCAGGAAGCCUCUGGCGAGGACUCCCAGCAGCUGCCUCGCCUCUUCCUGGCCCCUCCAGCUGAAGCCCUGGGUGAGAUCCUAAACAAGCAGUUUGGCCCGCUGCCUUUCAUGGCUCCCAUUACACGGAUGAAGAGGAAGCCAUCGGGCUACUAUUACUCCACUGAGAACCGAGAGCAGGUCCUGGGCCGGAGACGGGCAGCUAAUGCCAAAGAGCGAGAGAGGAUCAAGAAUCUGAACAGUGGUUUUUCCAAGCUGAAAUCAAUUGUCCCAUUGAUUCCAAAAGACCGGAAACCAAGUAAGGUGGACAUGCUUAAAGCCACAGCUGACUACAUUCGCCUGUUGCGCUUGAUUCUGAAAGAAACGGGAGGGCUGCAGGGGGAAGAGGUUGCCAACGGUCCCCUUCCUGGGCCAGUGGCGGAGCCCUCAGAGAAGUGCUUACCAGGACGCAUCCAAUCCCAGCGGCCCAGCUGUUACAUCAAGACCGAGAAUGGCCUGGAGCUGGUGUGGACCAAUCAGAUGAUGCAGGCCCCUGUGGGCACCUGGGGGGAGACCGUUCUGCCUGCUUACAUGGGGAUUGUAGAGCUUCACAAGAGUGAGUAA